CUAUCACCACCAUCUCCUACUUUUAGUGAGCCAUGGAGGGAAAUACGAUGGAGAGACAAAGACACAGAGCUGCAGUACGUGAGGAAUUACAAACCCAAAAGACAUGAUGUCAAGCAUCUGAGAAUGCUGGUUCAUGGUCCAGUUGGAGCUGGAAAAUCCAGUUUCAUCAACUCUGUCGACAGUGUCCUACGAGGAAGAAUCGCAGGCAGAGCUUUGGCUGCGGCACAAGUCACUACAAGUUUCACCAAGCAGUACAAAACCUACAAAAUCCCAAAAGGACAGCCUGGAGAAUUUUACCCUUUUGUCCUCAAUGACACUAUGGGUCUUGAGAUGAAGGAGGACAGAGGAGUCCAUCCAGAGGACAUCAAACUGGCCAUGGAGGGACAUGUGAAAGAUGGUUACACGUUCAAUCCUGCAUCUAAGCUGUCAUCUGACAGUCUGUAUUACAACGCAGAACCAACUAAGAAUGACAAAGUUCAUGUUCUGGUGUGUGUUGUGCCUGCUGACAAAGUGGCUCUAAUGACUAAAGAUGAUGUGAGGAAGAUGACGGACAUCAGAAGGGCGGCCAGUGAGCUGGGAAUUCCCCAGCUGGCCGUCAUCACCAAAAUUGAUUUAGCCUGCCCAGAGAUCCACAAAGAUCUGAAGAAUGUCUAUAAGAGCAAGUACCUGAAGGACAAAAUGCAGAAAUUCAGUGAUUUUGCUGGAAUUCCAAUGAACUGCAUCUUUCCUGUGAAAAACUACAGUGAAGAAAGCGACAUGAAAGAUGAAGUUGAUUCUCUGAUUCUGAGCGUCCUGAGACGGAUCAUCGACUUUGGAGAAGACUUCAUCAGCGACAUGGAAACCUAAGUCACUUUCAUUUGGCUUUCAGAGAUGUUCAUGUCAUUAUAGAAACAACAUAAUCCUGCUGACAUGAAUGAAUGGAUUUCCUAACAAAAUGAACUCA